AUGCCUCUAGUUGGAAACUUACACCUUCUUUUCCUUCUUUUUCUAUUUCUUAACCACGGUUUGGCUGCUGGAUCGACAUUCAACAUCGUUAGUCUUGGAGCCAAAGCCGAUGGCAUGACGGACGCCUCACCAGCAUUUCAAGAGGCAUGGGCAAAUGCCUGCGGCUCGUCAGAACCGGCCACCAUUUACGUGCCGAACGGUGCAUUCUACGUUCAUAGUGGGAACUUUACUGGACCUUGUAAGAACAAUGCUAUUACUAUUCUCAUCAAUGGUACUCUUAUGGCUUCUUCAAAUAUUCAAGUUUUAGCUCAAUCUCAAGCUUGGAUAGCCUUUAGACACAUAAAUGGGCUUUCCAUCUAUGGAGGUGUUAUUGAUGGUCAAGGAAUGGGGUUAUGGAAUUGUAAGCAUUCAGGACAGAGUUGCCCUGAUGGAGCCACGAGCCUUGAAAUCUUCGACUCACAAAAUGUAAAUGUAAAUGGAUUAUCUUCGGUUAAUAGCCAAAUGUUCAAUAUUGUGGUGUAUGGUUGUCAAAAUGUACAAAUCCAAGGAGUGAAUGUCUCGUCUGCCAGCGAUAGUCCAAACACUGAUGGUAUCCAUGUCCAACAAUCAUUGAACGUGAACAUAUCGAACUCAAACAUUGGCACUGGUGACGACUGCAUUUCAAUUGGUCCAGGAACUACCAACUUAUGGAUGGAAAAUAUUAAUUGUGGACCCGGACAUGGAAUCAGCAUUGGAAGCUUGGGGAAGCAAGCAGAAGAGGCUGGAGUGCAAAACGUGACGGUAACAACGGCAACUUUUAGAGGGACUCAAAAUGGAGUGAGGAUUAAGUCUUGGGGAAGGCCAAGCGAUGGGUUUGCUACAAAAAUUCUUUUUCAACACAUUCUUUUCUAUAAUGUCAGCAAUCCUAUCUUCAUUGAUCAAAAUUACUGUCCACAUCAACAAUCCUGCCCCGGUCAGGCUUCCGGAGUUAAAAUUAGCGAUGUCACGUAUCAAGAUAUUAACGGAACAUCAGCUACUGAAGUAGCAAUCAAUUUUGAUUGUAGCCCAUCAAAUCCAUGCACUGGAAUACAUUUGGAAGACAUAAACCUCAAUUACAACGAUCAAAUUCCACAAGCUUCAUGUGAAAAUGCUCAAGGAACUGCCUCUGGUCCUCUUCAACCUCGUAGUUGCUUGGCUUAG